CAGAUUGUCAAAUAUCAAAUUGUCAUUCUGAACAUUUAAUCAUUUCGUGUUGUAAUUUCCAUACUUUUAAUCGUUAACUACCUGUAAUGCUUAUAAUUUUAUUCGAGUUCCUCGGGUUUAUAUUGCAAAUGCUAUGAUAUAGGUAAACUAAGAGCAUACAACGUAAAUUUAUAUAAGAUGGCAGAUCAAUUGUUAAUUCAUGACGACAUCAAGUUGUACACAACAUCUGAUAAGUUUUAUUUUGAACCAACAAUUAAUCCAACAGAAAUUUUGGUGAUCGAUAGAAUUACUGGAGAGACAGCUGUUAAAGAUAUAAAUGCAGUGAAGAUACCUAUACCUCCAAAUGCAUACAAACCAGUAUGUGGGUUCCUUGGUUCCAUUAAACUCAUAUCAGGAUUAUAUUUAGUCGUUGCUAAAUAUCGGAUAUUGGUAGGCAAAAUAAAUGGCCAAGAUAUAUAUGAACUGGCGGGCACAGAUAUUAUACCUUACUCACGGUCAACCAAUCAUUUGACCAAUAAACAGAUAGAAGAUAAUAAUACUUAUGAACGUAUGCUCAAGUUGGCGUUACAGACGCCUGGUAUAUAUUUCUCAUAUGGAUAUGAUUUGACGCACACAAUGCAGAGAUUGCAUUCGGUCCCUCCAGAUUUCCAUAAGAUGUCGCUGGCCAGCCGUGCGGACUCCCGCUUCCUUUGGAAUGGUCACCUCCUCAAAGACUACUCCCACCAACAGUUUGCGAGAUUUGCUUUGCCGAUCAUUCAGGGCUUUGUGGCAAUUAACCGCGUGACGGUGAAUGGUCAUCAGCUGUCGUGGUCGCUGGUGUCGCGGCGGAGCGUGGACAGAGCUGGUACGAGGCUGUUCAUGCGUGGAAUCGAUGCCCAGGGCAAUGUAGCAAAUUUCGUAGAAACCGAGCAAAUAGUUGAGCGUGGAGGGGAGAAGUCAUCCUUUGUCCAGACCCGAGGUUCCAUCCCUCUGUUCUGGACCCAGUACCCAAACCUCAAGUACAAGCCGGCGAUGGCGCUUUCGUCUGAGGAUCACGUCGCCGCUUACACCAGGCAUUUAAGAGAUCAGCUCCAGAAAUAUGGAAACCAAGUUCUGCUUAAUUUGAUCGACCAGCACGGCAAGGAGGAGUCGCUGGAGCGCGGCUACCGCGCGGCGGUGGCGGCGGCCGCGCUGCCGGCCGUGCGCUACGAGCCCUUCGACUUCCACGCCGAGUGCCGCGGCAUGCGCUACGACCGCCUCGCCGUGCUCAUGGACCGCGUCGCGCACGAGCAGACUGAAUUCGGUUACUUCCUAUCCCGAGGAGGUACGGUUCUACUUCGUCAAAGUGGCGUCUUCCGUACAAACUGCGUGGACUGCUUGGAUCGAACCAACGUUGUACAAAGUCUCCUAGCCAAGAGACAGCUCAGUGCUGUGCUAAGACUGCUGGCGGUGAUUACCGCUGACGAUCAAAACCCACAUUUGGAUGAAUUGUUUAACUCUGUAUGGGCGGAUCAUGCAGAUAUGAUAUCAACUCAAUAUUCAGGCACGGGAGCCCUGAAGACGGAUUUCACCAGAACGGGCAAGCGUACACGUCUCGGACUGCUGAGGGACGGGAUCAAUUCCCUCACCAGAUACUACAAGAAUAACUUCAGUGACGGUUUCCGACAGGAUUCGCUGGACUUGUUCCUUGGCAAGUAUGUCAUAGUCGAAGGCGAGGGCAACACGGCCCUUUGCCCUCUACGUCGCCAUAGAGACUGGAAAUACUUAACAUUCCCGUCGGUGCUGCUGGUGGCGGUGUCGAUGUUCUGCGCGAGUGCUGCACUGCCCACGCGUGGGAACACGGAGCUGCUGCUCUACCUCAUGUUCUGGGGAGCCGCCGUCGGGGCCACGUUGUCUUUCAUAUUCAAACACGGCGCGGAGUACGUGGACUGGCCGCGCCUGGACAGCGCGCUGGUCGCGUCGCGCGCGCCGCCUCCGCCCUCCUUAUGAUCCGAGACCUGCCGCUCGUAGUCGUCGUCUGACAGCCGACAGAGGAACUGGUACCUUCUUGACUUCUUUUGAUACAUUUCAGAUCUAUACUCGCAUCGAAUGUACUUACUUACGGCUCCUUUUAAAGUUUUUUGGAUGUGUUUGAUUGUAUAUUCGUAAAUUUUUUCAAACAAAAAUGCAAACACACCGAGGGUGGUGGGAGAUGAAGUCCGUGCCGUGUGACGUGUAUUAAAAAUAAAAAAGACAUUUUCUAAUAUGCAAUGCAAAUAAUUCCUUCUUUUUUGUUUUUGUCGACAAAAUUUACGGAUGGUACCAAAAAUUUUAAAUAUCUGAAUGAAUAAUAUUUGUCCUUAAAACUCAACUCCAUUGUUAAAACUCAAAUGCGAUUAUCAAAAACAUACUUCUUAAAGAAUUUCAGAUCUUGAAAGCUUCUAUGUACGACCAAUUGAUAAAUUGAAAAUAACUAAGCAAGUCUCUUAAAAUAUUAAAUAUUUUGUGAUAAUUAUAAAUUGAAUACGUUAUUAUAUUAUACAUUUAAAAACAAAUCGUUCCACAUUCAAAUUUGUCAACGAUUUUUAUUCUUCGAGUUAUUGUCACUGAUUUUAUUGUACACAGAUAGUGCUAUCUCUUUCAUGUGUGUGUGUGUUGAAAAGAGAUAGCAUAUACUCUAUUGAAGAGAUUGUGUACAAUAGAAUUGAAAUAUUGUAUGGUUUUGGAGGUAUUUUGAUAGUCCUCAUAAUUAAUGACAUUUAAUGUUUAAAUUGUUAAACU